GGGGUCAGCAGUCUAACGACUAGCGAGUCAGCAUGCCAAUUGGUGCCUCUUGGAGGUUGAUGCGGGAUGGACGUUGAGUAUUAAUCCCAGGAUUGCGGAGUAGCCUGCCUGCAUGGGGUAAAGAAGCCGGGGUACGGGGACACGGACGGACAAUCUAAACCAGGUAGAAAUAUCUCGUCGAGCACUCCGCUUUCUGCCAGCUCGUUGUGAGUCCUCGAGGUCUUUGUUUCCCGUACCUCCUGCUGUCUUGUUCCGUUGCCAACCACCUGGAAGUCCCACCACUAUGGCGACCGAUAAACACACCAGCCCUGACGGUGUUCACACCUCGCCCGAGGUGGUUCACGACUCCCGCGACGACAAGGCCGAUAUCAGCAAGGUCGAGCGCGUCUUGUCCGCCGAGGAUGAGAAGGUCGACCAUCUCAACUAUGACCGUGUCGAUUCCGAAGUGGCCAAGUAUGCGGAUGCCACUGCCAUUCCCAUCACAGAAGAGGAGAACAAGCGGUUAAAGAGGAUGAUUGACAGACGUGUGCUGCCUAUCAUGGUCAUCACAUACUUUCUGCAAUCGCUGGACAAGGGCACCAUGUCCGCUACUUCCAUUAUGGGUAUCCGCAACGACAUCCCAAUUCUGAAGAAAAACUCAGUGUUCGGAUGGCUCACUACCUGUAUCUAUCUCGCCGUCCUUGUGGUCGAAUACCCUACCAACUGGAUCCUCCAGCGUGUGCCCGUUGCAAAGUACCUCGGUUUCAACAUCCUCGCCUGGAGCGUGGUCCUUGCCUGCCAUGCUCUUUGCUUCAGCUUCCCCGCUCUCGUCGCCGUCCGGACCUUGCUCGGUAUCUUCGAGGCUGUCUGCCAGCCCGCUUUCCUCAUCAUGACCUCCAUUUGGUAUAAGCGAGACGAGCAGGCCCAGAUUGUUACCUACUGGUACAUGAUGAACGGAAUGCAGCAGAUUGUCGGUGGCUUGUUGGCCUACGGUUUCUCCACGAUCAAACACCGUACCGCCAAACCGGUUGGUGGAAAUGCCCCAAUCAGAUCGUGGCAGGCCAUCUUCAUCACUUACGGCAUCAUCUCAUUCGUUUGGGGUGUCUGGGUCAUCUUCAGACUGCCCGACAGCCCUAUGCGCGCCAAGUGCUGGUCGGAAGAAGACAAGAAGAAGAUGGUUGAGCGUGUCCGCUCCAAUCAGACUGGUCUCCAGAACAAGAAGUUCCGGUUUUACCAGUUCAAGGAGGCUCUCCUCGACCCGCAGACCUACUGCUACAUGGGCAUCCAAUUCUUCACAACACUCCCCACUUCUGGACUCGGUGCCUUCUACAACAUCAUUAUCAACGGCUUGGGAUUUUCUGUUUUGGAGACCCAACUCCUCGCCAUGGUCCUUGGUGUGGUUAUUAUCGGCACACUCCUGGGCUCUGCCUGGAUGACUAGGAGGACUGGACAGAACUUGCUCACCAUGGCCGUCUUCAUGAUUCCGGCUUUCAUUGGCACAAUCGUCAACAUGACAGUCAAGAACAAGAACAAUUCCACAAGAGCCGGACUGCUCAUCAGCUACUGGAUCAUCUUCACCUUCUGGGCCGCGCAAGGUCUCGGCAUGAGCAUGCUGACCCGCAACGUCGGAGGCCAGACCAAGAAAUCCGUCUGCAUCACCAUGAACUUUUUCGCGUGGUGCGCCGGCAACGCUACCGGACCCAAGGUCUUCUUCGACGGCGAUACCCGCUACCUCAAAUCCCUCGCCAUCCAUCUCGGCUGCUACUCGGCCCUGCUGUUUGUCAUCGCCUUCUUGCGAUUCAACCUGACUCUGCGCAACAAGAAGAAGGACAGGGAGUUUGGCGAGGAGAUCAACGCUACGCAUGGUUUUGAUGAUUUGACGGAUAAGGAGAACCCCAACUUCCGAUACGUAUACUAA